GAUUUUUCCGGUUCGAUUGCCAGUGAUUGGUCAUUGGGUUGGUUAUUACGUGAUUGUUCCUGAGUUUGCGGUUUAAUUUCGAGGAAUUAGGGUUUUUCAGAAGAUGGGUUUUCUCUAAUCGUCGAGUUUUAGUUUAGCUUCAACAAGGUGUAUUGAAAAGGAAGUUACUUGGAUGCUGAUUGUGACGACAAGACAUCACAUUCAUCACAGUCAUCUUUUUUCGCGAUGGGAAACAAGGUGACGACAGUGAAGGAAGAACGGGAAGUGAUAUUCUUGAAGAUAGUACCUCCAUUGGACCGAGCUUACAUGCGUUGGCUCGUAAGGGAUCUCGAGAGGGCACACGGGUUCACGCCCAAGAAUCCUCGGGCCAUCGCUCCGCCCGAAAGGUACAUUGAGUACAUGAGCUUGAAUGGGUUGCUGGAUGUGGACUUGGAUGAUCCUGAUCUUUCCCAUCUGUUCAAGUGAUGAAUUGUCAUGUGAGUGUGAGUGUGUUCUAAUAAUAGUGUGUGUACUUUUGUACAAGGUUUGAGUUUUCUUUUCUUGUUUAUAAUGUGGAACUUUGAAGGCUUUUGCAUUUGUAUCUAUCAACAAUAUAUAUUCAUAUAUACAUAUAUAUUGUGUGGAUA